AUGACAUAUCUCAUGAUCAAGCGGCACGGGCAGCUAAAUUGGAUUCGAGAAGUAGAAGCAGUCAGACAUCCUUGGAGCAUCCCUGGGGGAUAUCUCGAUCGCAGUAUGCUGCCCAGUCUUGCCCGGAACGUCUCUGGCUCCAUUCUUCCAAAACGCUUUUACUAUGGGAUGACCUUCGAGGCAAGUUUUAGACUAUUAUCACAUUGGGGUGAAACUCAUGAGGACCUCGAAAUUUGCUUAGCGGACAGUAUCUUGAUGACUCCAGAUUACCGUGAUCCAGAGACGGUCUACUGUGGCAGUGACAAUGGUAUCGACGGACAUGAUGACCGUGAUGGAGAUACUGGUAGUGAUAAGGACAGCGAUGAAUCCUUCACCCUGAUCUCAUAG